UAUGUUACAUCGCAAAGGUUGCGUUAAAGAUCAGAAGAUCGAGAUUCGAGAGGUAUAGCAGUUCGAAUUCGCGAACGAAAACGCUUCCGCUCGCUCCCCUCUCCACAUCGCCGCCCCCCCUCUCCAUAUCGCCGCCUUUCUCUGUACUUUCUAGAUUAACGAGGUAAUGGUGAGGGGCAAGUUCAAGUCAAAGCCGACAGGCCGGAGGCUUUUCUCCACGCCGGAAGAGAUGGCUGCAGGAACAUCAUCUCGUCCUCGCACUUUUAGAAAGCAGGAACAAGAGAAGGAAGAGCUAGAAGAAGAAAAAGAAUUGGAAUCUGAAGAGGAAUCUGAAGAGGAUUCUGAAGAGACUGAGAAAAGGAAAGGCACUGAAGGCCUGAUUGAAGUUCAGAACCCAAACCUGUUAAAGCCAAAGACUGUGAAAGCUAAAGAUGCUAAUUUUGAGAAGACUAAUGAACUUUCGAGGCGUGAAAGAGAGGAAAUAGAGAAGCAAAAAGCUCAUGAACGCUACAUGAAGCUGCAGGAACAAGGAAAAACUGAACAGGCCAGGAAAGAUCUUGAACGACUGGCCUUGAUACGACAGCAACGAGCAGAAGCCGCAAAGAAGCGUGAAGAAGAGAAGGCCGCAAAGGAGCAGAAAAAGACUGAGGCUCGCAAGUGAUCAGUGAUGAAGAAAAGCUUUCUUCACACUCAGCAGCAGACUUCAAAUGUUUGGCAUAAUUGAUUAUUUAUGAAGAGGUUCUUAGCCUAAACACUGAUUUAUAUCAUAAACUCUGUAUUAUCUUUUUGUAUUUGUAUGCUAUUGGAUGCAUAUCAUUUAAUAUCUUUUAAUUAGAAGAAAGACUGUUAUCUGCUUGAAUUUUA